AUGGGUGAUGUAUACUCCCGUCAUGAAGAAGCAGUAGGAAGAAGAGAGUUCCUUGUAUGGUCCUUGAUGCUGCUGCCCCGUCGCGAGCAGCAGCAGCAGCAGCAGGAGCAGCAGCAGGAGCAGCAGCAGGAGGUGCAGCUGCAGCAGCAGCAGCAGCAGCAGGAGGAAGCAGCAACAGGAAUGCAGCCGCUGCUGUCCUUAGAUAUACGCGUGCUGCUGUCUUUGCUGCCUGAUGUACGACUAGCAGCACUUGUAUUAACAGGCCGGGCCUUUCGCCAUUUAUCUCGCCUACAUUGUUUGUUGGGAUUUCCUUUCUCUGAGCGUUGUGAUGAAAUAGUGCAGCAAGUCUUAUCUAGGCACCAGGCUAGACUGCAUGCGCUGCUGCAGCAGCAGCAGCAGCAGCAGCAACAGCAGCAGCAGCAGCAACAACAACAACAGCAACAGCAGCAACAAAGUAGUACACAUUACUGGGGAAGAGGAGCAGGAGAAGGCAUGCAAUUACCUUUCCUCUCUCCUGUCUUCUCUGCUUUGUCUCAUCUACCUGAGCAACUGCAGCAACUGCAGCAGCAGCAACAACAGCAGCAGCAGCAGCAAAUACAGCAGCAAGAAGCAUCUGCGCAUGCAGAGAAACUCAGAGAUGCAGUAGAGGAGAUGCUCUUUCAAACAUCUAUGCUGCUGCCACAGUCCCAGAUGCAGCAGCAGCGGCAACAGCAGCAACAGCAGCAAGAGCAGCAGCAGCAGCAGCAGCAGCAAGAGCAGCAGCAGCAGCAGCAAAUGGUCAAUAUAUUCAAUGAUGUGUCUCCUCGUUUUGGUGGUCCAUCAUCAAGGAUAUUAUAUGAUGAGGAAGCAACAGAGGAGCAGCAGCAGCAGCAGCAGCAGCAGGAAGCAGAUGAGGAGCUGCUGCAGGAGGAAGCAGCAGAUGCACUGCAGCAGCACCUAGGGGAGCUGCAGCAGCAGCAUCCAGGAGAUUUGCUGCUGCCUGCUGCAGCAAUUAAUGCAUCCUUAUCUCGUGUUGAUCUAAUGCAGGCAUUGCUGCACCACCCUGAGCUGCAUAGAACAGAAGCAGCAGCAGCAGCAGCAGCAGAAGCUGCAGCAGCAGGAGCAGGAGCAGCAGCAACAGAACCAGCAGCAGCAGCAAGAGAACCAUCUACUAUACCUAGAAGAAUAUUCAAUUUGCUGCUGCGGCCCUUCCGUUCACAGCAGCAGCAUCUGCCCUACGUGCGCUGCCCGCAAACUGCUGCUGCUGCUGCCAGCAGCAGCAGCAGCAGCAGCAGCAGGAAUUGGUUAGUGCAGCGGCUGCACUCAGCAGUGGGGCAUCUCCGCCCUGGUGCUGCUGCAGUGCAGCAGCAGACAUCAAGGGAGCAUCUUCGCGAGCCAUUGCUGCAGCAGCAGCAUCAUCAUCAUCAUCAUUAUCAGCACCGCCAGCAGCAGCAGCAGCAGCAGCAGCAGCAGCAGCAGCAGCAUAUACAGGUACGUAUUGAGCAACCAACAUCUCCUCUUGUUGCUGCAGGAGAUUUUGCUGCUUUGCUGCACCACGAGAAUUCUCUUAAGGCAUUAGAGGGAAUGGAUAAAGGUGAUUUUGUGUGCGCAUUACAACAAAUUCCUUCUUCUCCUUUUGUUGCUAUGAUUGGUGAUGGUAUUAAUGAUCUACAAGCUAUAAAAAGAGCAGAUGUUGGGGUAAUUCUUUAUACUGCAGCAGCAGCAGCAGCAGCAACAGCAGCAGCAGCAGCAGCAGCAGCAGUGGCAGCAGCAGCAGUAGUAGUAGUAGAGUAG